AUGGGGGGGUGGGCGCCCAAGCGCAAGGCGCAGAACAUCGGCUACCGCCUGGGCCACCGGCGCGCGCUCUUCGAGAAGCGCAAGCGCCUCAGCGACUACGCGCUCAUCUUCGGCAUGUUCGGCAUCGUCGUCAUGGUCAUCGAGACCGAGCUCUCCUGGGGGCUCUACUCUAAGGACUCCAUGUUCUCGCUGGCCCUCAAAUGCCUUAUCAGCCUCUCCACCGUCAUCCUGCUGGGGCUCAUCGUCGCCUACCACACGCGCGAGGUGCAGCUCUUUGUGAUCGACAACGGGGCCGACGACUGGCGCAUCGCCAUGACCUACGAGCGCAUCCUCUACAUCAGCCUGGAGAUGCUGGUCUGCGCCAUCCACCCCAUCCCCGGCGAGUACAAGUUCUUCUGGACGGCGCGCCUGGCCUUCUCGUACACGCCGUCGCGCGCCGAGGCCGACGUGGACAUCAUCCUGUCCAUCCCCAUGUUCCUGCGCCUCUACCUGAUCGCCCGCGUGAUGCUGCUGCACAGCAAGCUCUUCACGGACGCCUCGUCGCGCAGCAUCGGCGCSCUCAACAAGAUCAACUUCAACACGCGCUUCGUCAUGAAGACGCUCAUGACCAUCUGCCCCGGCACCGUGCUGCUCGUCUUCAGCAUCUCCCUGUGGAUCAUCGCCGCCUGGACCGUGCGCGUGUGCGAGAGGUACCACGACCAGCAGGACGUGACCAGCAACUUCCUGGGCGCCAUGUGGCUCAUCUCCAUCACCUUCCUCUCCAUCGGCUACGGCGACAUGGUGCCGCACACCUACUGCGGCAAGGGCGUCUGCCUGCUCACGGGCAUCAUGGGCGCCGGCUGCACCGCCCUCGUCGUGGCCGUGGUGGCCCGCAAGCUGGAGCUCACCAAGGCCGAGAAGCACGUGCACAACUUCAUGAUGGACACGCAGCUCACCAAGCGGAUCAAGAACGCGGCGGCCAACGUGCUGCGGGAGACGUGGCUCAUCUACAAGCACACCAAGCUGCUCAAGAAGAUCGACCACGCCAAGGUGCGCAAGCACCAGCGCAAGUUCCUGCAAGCCAUCCACCAGCUGCGGAGCGUGAAGAUGGAGCAGAGGAAGCUCAGCGACCAGGCCAACACSCUGGUCGACCUCUCCAAGAUGCAGAACGUCAUGUACGACCUCAUCACGGAGCUCAACGACCGCAGCGAGGACCUGGAGAAGCAGCUGGGCAGCCUGGAGGCCAAGCUGGAGCAGCUGAGCGCCAGCUUCAACGCGCUGCCCCUGCUCGUGGGCGACCUGCUGCGGCAGCAGCAGCAGCGGCUGCUGGGCGCCCUGCUGGAGGCGCGGGGGGGCGGCCCCGCGGGGCCCCCCCAGACGCCGCUGUCCGAGAGCCCCCUGGGCGUCAGCUCCACCUCCUUCCCCACGCCCUACACCAGCUCCAGCAGCUGCUAG